AUGGUCGAGUGCCAUGGCACUGGAACUGCCCUUGGUGAUCCCAUCGAGGCAGGCGCCUUGGCUGCCGUUUUGGGCACCUCGAAGGCCGAGGAUCCACUGUGGCUGGCUGCAGGCAAAACCAAUCUUGGACACCUUGAGGCAGCGGCUGGUUUUGCGGGUGCUGCCAAGGUGAUCUCCUGCUUGCAGCACGGCAGAGUCACCUCCAACUUACAUUUUGCAGAGCUCAACCCUCAUGUGGACCUGGAUGGCCUGGCCGUGCCUGGGGUAGUAAGCCAGCUCCUUCAAACACCAGAAGAUGAGCUGAUAUCAGGCUUAUCUUCUUUUGGAUUCGGAGGAAGCAAUUCGCAUGUGCUUCUGGCAAAGUCGAAGCCGGCUCUUCUGGACAAAGGAGAAAGGCGAGCGUCGCGGCGUGCUCCCCGAGUUGCAAUGCUCUUCACUGGUCAGAGCACUCUGAGGCAGACCACAGUGACCACAGUCAAGACAUGCAAGAUGACAUAG